UGCUGAGCGAAAGAUCAUCUCGGACGGACGAGUUUUGCGUCAUUGUCGGGCACAAACAAAUUAUUUGCCGGCGGGCACAAAAAGCCGUGUGCGGGUCGCGCUAAUUCCUGAGCAAAUUUGGCCAGGCCAGGAGCAAAGAAAGAAAGGAAAUUCGGAGCCACCCGACGCGGCCGGACGACUCGGCAGUCUCAUGCAGUGUAUUUGCGGUGCGGCGAGAUAAGUAAUUAUUUGUCGGGAGAUAAUCAGGCGUGUCGCUAUUUUGUUAGCCAAUGCAGGUGGCGUUAACAGCUCUCUUGUUUUCUGGCUCGGAAACUUGACAGACACACUUUUGCGGCCGGCCGGCUGGGACAGACCGACUAGCUCUGGCUGGUGCGCACACGGUGCUCGCGGAGAACAUGAGUGGUGCUCGCCGAGAGGCCAAUCGGCUGCCCAACCGAGGACUUCGCCAGUGAGCCACUUCGGGACUUUGAGGGACUUUCUUUAUUUCGGGAUUUUGGCAGCCGGCCAGUGAUUUGAACGGAUUUCGGCAAAAUGACCAACAACAAUGACGACGGCUUCGGCAACAACGGCAGGGGCAGCGUUGGAAAAGGAGCCCAGCAGGAUGCCCUCGGCUACCAACACACGCUUCGUAUUAAAAAGUGGGCCCUUCUCGCGCUGCUCAGCCGAGAAUAAAUUGAUGUGUGCAGUUAUAAAUAUCCCGGCGAGUGCCAGUCUACUAGAAAUUGAUGCACUUGCAGUCGCCAUCAAAUUCGCAGGCUGAUUUAAAAAUGCACUGAGCCAACAUGCCCGUCGGUCUGCUGCAACUGCCGGGCUACCAGGAGGAAGGCUACGUGGCCGAAACUCACAUGUAUGGCCGGUACACAAAAGAGCUUGGUGAAUUCGCGAAAGAAGAGGCGCGUCGUCUGAAAGCAAUCGAAAAGCGGCGGCGGAAAGAUGACAAGCGGCGCAACAAAGAGCUGCACAGGUACGACGGACCGUGCAUGUCGCGGAUCCGAUCGGUCGUCGGCUUCAUCUGGCACCACACGUUCGCCAAGUUGGGCGAGGACUGGGUCUUCCUGGCCCUUUUGGGCGUCAUCAUGGCCUUUGUCAGCUUCAUCAUGGACAUGGGCAUUGGCAUGUGCAAUAAAUCUCGCAUGUGGUUGUACCGCGAUCUUUCGUCGCACCCAGUGCUGCAAUACGUGGCCUGGGUAAGUCUUCCAGUAUUUUUGAUCCUUUUCUCAGCAGGAUUCGUCCACAUAGUUGCUCCUCAGUCCAUAGGUUCCGGUAUACCGGAAAUGAAGACCAUUCUGCGAGGGGUGGCUUUGAAGGAGUAUCUCACGUUUAGGACCUUAGUGGCCAAAGUGGUCGGCCUUACAGCCACCCUGGGCAGCGGAAUGCCUCUCGGAAAAGAGGGGCCUUUUGUGCAUAUCGCAAGUAUUGUUGCAACCCUACUUUCCAAACUGGUCACAUCAUUUCAAGGUAUCUACGAGAAUGAAUCUCGAAAUUGUGAAAUGCUCGCGGCCGCAUGUGCUGUUGGAGUGGCCAGCUGCUUCGCUGCACCUAUUGGAGGUGUACUUUUUAGUAUAGAAGUAACAACAGUGUAUUUCGCUGUGCGAAAUUACUGGCGUGGAUUUUUUGCCGCUGUUUGCGGAGCCACCAUCUUCCGACUGCUUGCAGUUUGGUUCCAAAAAGAAGCCACCGUGACCGCAGUUUUCGCCACAAAUUUUACCACAGACUUCCCAUUCGACCCUCAAGAACUGUUCGUUUUCGCCAUCAUGGGGGCCGUUUGUGGGCUUGGUGGAGCGUUUUACGUUUGGAUUCACAGGCAAUAUGUACUCUUCAUGCGCCGCAAUAAGAAAAUGAAUAAGUUCUUGCAGAAAAAUCGUUUUCUCUACCCUGGAAUUGUUUCCUUAAUGGUAGCGUCAGCCUCAUUUCCUCCCGGACUUGGUCAAUUCAUGGCCGCUGAUCUCACAACGCACGAUCAAGUCCAUGGGCUUUUCACAAAUUUUACUUGGACAAAAGAUAAUCUGACUGUGGAGGAAAUUGACGUUGUUCGUCAUUGGAGCACAGACCUCACCGACGUCCACGUCAGUCUGGCAGGAUUCACAUUAUUCACAUUUAUUUUUUCCAUCAUUGGAUCGACAAUUCCCGUGCCGUCGGGCAGUUUUAUACCCGUUUUUAAGAUCGGCGCCGCCUUUGGCAGGUGCGUUGGAGAACUGAUGCACUGGUGGUUCCCUGCGGGGAUGAGGUAUGGAGGACUUAUCGCGCCGAUUAUUCCAGGCGGUUAUGCAACUGUCGGCGCGGCAGCCUUCUCUGGUGCUGUGACUCACACAAUAUCUGUAUCUGUGAUAGUUUUUGAAAUGACCGGCCAAAUCACACAUAUAAUACCCAUUAUGAUUGCUGUGCUGAUCUCGAACGCGGUCGCGUCCCUGCUGCAGCCGUCGCUCUAUGACAGCAUCAUUUUGAUUAAACGCCUGCCUUAUCUGCCAGACCUGCUUUCAUCCAGUUCAGGCAUGUAUAACGUCUAUGUCGAAGACUUUAUGGUUCGAGAGGUGCGCUAUAUUUGGCACGGAAUCACUUUUGGACAGCUGAAGGACAUAUUAAAGGACAACAGAAACCUCAGAGGCUUCCCUCUAGUUGACAGUCCAGACAACAUGAUUCUGCUGGGUUCCGUGCAGCGCUUGGAGCUGAUCAAGUUAAUUGAGAAGCAAAUCGGCAGGGAGCGGCGGCUGCAGGUGGCGGCCAAGUGGCAGAAAGAGGCGCAGGAGAGGGCCAUGGAGGAGCUGGAGAGGCAGAUGCGGGAGGAGGAGGAGAAAAAGAGACGACCGUCCCGCUUCGAAGUCACGCCAGCGCCGGAUAUUUUGAAAUUGAAGACGCACUCGACCAACGAGCUGCUUCCACCUAUGGACGGAAGGCUCUUUGUGCCAGUUCUGGGCAGCGUUCCAAAGAAGUCAAUCCUUAAGAAGACCAAUUCCUUCACAAUGCGUGGCAUUUCACCUUUCAUGCUGCCACACGCCAAUUCGUACAGCACAGUGACCGGCGCCGAAUCGCGAAUGCGAAUGGCCUUUGACGCCGUUUUCCGCAAAUCAGCCACCCUGCAGGACGUGGAGCCCGCGUCUGGAUCGACGUCUGCCCUGCCCGACUCCGUCACCAACGAGACGACGUCAUUUGUGCCACGCCUGGCAGUCGACGCCGUCGACACACCGUCCGCCUCAAUGGCCACCCUCACAGUGCCCGGAACGCCAUCGGCCUUCAAGAAAGUGCAACUGCCACGUGAAAGGGUGAUUGACAUGUCACCUGAAGACCAAAAGCUGUGGGAAGAGGCCGAACUGAGGAAGGAGGUUGAAUUUGACAAGUGCCCAAUUGACCCUGCGCCCUUCCAACUGGUAGAGAGGACUUCAUUGCUCAAAGUCCACUCUUUGUUCAGCAUGUUGGGAGUCAAUCACGCCUAUGUGACGGCCAUCGGCCGACUUGUUGGCGUUGUCGCCUUAAAAGAGUUGCGAAAGGCGAUCGAAGACUCCAACUCGGGAAAUCUACCCGCCACCAAAGAACCAACCCCUCCGGCAGGACCAGAGGCUGGAUCGUCCGACUCGGAAAAGCAAGAAGAGAAGCCGCUGACCAACAACACCGAGAGGGACAAAGACACUUGAUCGGACGUUUUGUUUCUAAAAACAUAACCAAUUUUUCUUAAUAAUUUUACUUUCAUACCAGCAGGCCCCUUGCAUUGCUCAACCUUCACAAACUUCCACCAGUUCCUUACCUGAGGAAUCACUGCCUUGGGUAUAUAAAUGAUUCAAUUUGACUUGCAAAUUUUAUCUGCCCAUAAACACUAAGUGCCAUUAUCGUGGAAUUUUUUUACCGCCGGGUAUUUGUGAGCGGCCUGCUGUGCGUUGAAUUGCAUACAUGUAUUUGACUAGUCAGUUUUUGUCAACUGUGUUAUAAUCUUUUACUUGAUCCAACCGCGCGCCAGUUUUAAUGAAAACAAUAAUGUUUGUGCCUUAAAUAUACACAUUUGUCGGAAAAGUAUUAAUGCAGUGCGCCAUACAUAGUUUUCAGGGAGAGUCAAACAGAGACGAACGUUUAUUUAGUGAUACACGUCGU